UUAGUCCAGGAAAUGUGUCUUUGCUUUGCUCCUCUGGUCCAUUAAACCAGAUGGAUUUCAUCACGGAUCGCAGUCGCCAUGGCAACAGCCUUGUUACUAUGCUCAGCAGGUGGAAUCACCAACACGACAACGAGCGGAAAGUGCUGACAUUGAAUGUGCUGUUGCUUGGUGACAAGCAGAGUGGGAGGAGCUCUGUGGGGAACGCUCUGAUUGGUGGACAUGAGUUUCAGACAGGCACUGGUGUUUCCAUGACGACAGAGUUCCAGGUUCUCAGCAGAAAUUUCCCGCGUUAUUUCAGACGACAGGGGGCGGAGUCUGACCUCACGUUGAGAGUGAUUGACACGUCACCUCUGCCGCCCCACCCGCAGAGUGUGCACGAGCUCUGUCCUGAGGGCGUGCACGUGCUUGUGGUCGUUGUGAGAGCUGACCAGUCACAUGAAAACACACAUUUGGAGAAACAUGUGGAGCGUCUCUUCGGACCAGAGUGGCGUCUUCACGCCUUACUCGUUAUCACACAUGCUGAUUACCUGGAGAAGGCGGGACUUCACCCCUCCGUCUACCUAUCACAGACCUCUGAUUGGCUGACAGCUCUGUCCAAUGAGGCAGCGGGUGGAGUCUUGUUCUUGGACAACAGCUGCGAUUGGCCCUUGAUCAGAGGACAACCGCUGAGAGAUGGAGUGCUCCGCCUCUCAGCCAGAAACCAUCACAGAGCUGUGAAAGUCAGGACAGAGUUCACACUCUGAGGCUACGUCCAUACUCCGUAUUCUGAUCCCUGUCCACCCGAACACGUCUGAAAACGCGUUUCAC